GUGUGUGUGUGUGUGUGUGCGGACCACUCGACCGUUCGUUGUCUGCCUUCGAAGGUCAGUCACAUCAGUCACACUCUGUCGACAACACACAGGGCAUUCACUACACACACAUGCACAGAGCCAGCAGUAAACACAUCACCACAGAGACAGAGCAGACAGAGCCCACAUGGCUCGCUCACGUCGCCCACAGCACAUCCCACAGCACUCUCGUCACCACCCAGGUCGUACUAUCUCGCCCAGACCAAACUGACGCGAACCCUGACAACUCACACACACACAUGCAAAUGCAUGCGCACGGACGAUUGUGUAGGUGCAUAUAUUGAUUUCUGUCUCUCCUUUGUCGACGCACCUUGGCGCAGGUCCGAGGAUCGGCGUAGAGCUUGUAAGGCCUUCCGAAAUACCAUGACGACGGACUCGACGCAAGCGCCAGACGACUGCACACAAUCACACACAACCACAUAGAGAUCCAUCCAUCGACACAAGCAAAGCCCUCCGUCCGUCGCCGUGCUCACCAUGCAUAGCUCCCCCCCGCCCCGGAGACACCCCUACCACCACCCCCUGCACGCCCAGCCCUCACCCCACCCCUCUCAGGCUGCUGCGUGCCCUCAACCACCGCCCCAAACCUAUGCCGCAGCUUGAGCAUCUGUCUCGAUGGCGACACGCCAGCAUCAGCACGUCCGUGUGCAUACGCGGGGUUUGGGGUGGCCGGGGGGUGCGUCACGGGACGCAGCAGCUGCGGCACUGGCCCCAGGAGGGUGGAUGGCGGGGGCGAGCGGAAGGUCCAUUGUAUGGGGGGCUUGGCCAGGACGUAUGGCUCCCACCCACUGGCGGGCAGAGACACGUGCACGUCGGCGUACGCAUCUGCACAGCGCACACACCAGCGGACCGAUCAAUGCGAGAAAAGGAACCACUCAAGUCACUCACAUGCCUCUUUGGGCGGCUUCAGCACGUGUCUCCGUCGUCUCCCAACAGGCAGCCCGAACUCAAACGACGACUGCCGACACACACGCCGGCCCCUCUGGCUUGUCUCCCUCCCCCUCUCCCUCUUCCUCUCAGGCUCGGCCACACCCGCCACCACACCAGCAGGCAGGAAGGUCGGCGGGUGGAAGGGCGGCUGAUCCUGAGCUUCAUCUUCAUCCUCGCUAUUCGAGGGAGGAGGCUUCGGCUGUUCCUGCCCAAUGAGGCUGCGCGGGCGUGAUGGCCGGGGCAGCUGAGGGGGCGGCCUCUUCUCCUGUCUGUUCCGCGGUUGGGCUCUUUCCGGUGCUCAUCGCGUUCCUCAUCGCUCUCCUCGACGGCCAUCGGCUGCCGGGCGCUGCGAGACGUCACAUAGGCGCUUCUCUUGCCAGCAUGCAGAGCCACAUCCCCCACACCCACACCCACACCAACGCCCCCCUUGUCGUCUCCCUCUAUGUCGAUCUGCCCCUCUUCAGCACUGUAAGCUUUGGCUUUCGGGCCGACAACAGAGGAGAUCGUCCCUGCCUUCGGCUUGGCCGGGCCUGCUGGUGGUGGUGGGGCCUUCGUCUUUGCUGGUGCUCCUGGUGGUGCUGUGGAUUGGGCGAGGGAGACCACCUUGCCCUCCACACUUCUCCGCCUCUCUUCCAUCGCUGCUUUUGACUUUGGCGGCCCUUUCCCGACAGACGACACCGACGGCCUCAGAAAUUUGGGGCUCUCGUCGAUGGCAGCGCCUCCCUCUUCAUCGCCAGGGACUGCAGGCAUCACAUGCAUCAGCCAUGCAGAUGGAUUCCACUCUCAGUCUCUCUCUCUCUCUGUCUCACAUACACUUGGCGGUUGGAGGGGGCGGCGGCGGUCGUGGCGGCGCCUUCUUGCCUGGAGGGGCUGCUGCUGCCGGUUGCCGUGGUAGUGGUGGUGGUUCAGAUUUCUCUUUCUCGCUGGCCAUGCCGGCGGAUGGUGCUGGGGAUGGCGAUGGCGGGUCGUAGCUGCCCUCAGACUCCUCGGGGGUGCUCGCACUCAUCGGACAAGAUGAUCCUGA